AUGAGCGUGAUACAGGGUCUGUUUGCAUUAUCCUCCGCUGAACCACACGGUCCUAGAUCAACUCGAUACGAUAGCCCUAUGAUGUCAAACCUAGUCACUUGCAGUAGCAGCGAAGAAUCGUCGCAACAACUCCACGAUCGUUGUCAUAAAAUGCAUUCAUCGUCUCGCCCACCGAUAGUACUACCUUUUCGACGAAAGCAGCAGCGAGACAAUCACAUGGCGACCAUUCGAAGACUCUCCGAUUCCGAUGUUCGCGCUAUUUUCGAGUGCCUUCAUCACAACAAGCCUCCACCUCCACAUCUCCAAUUCAAGAUCGUGCCCGUGGGGCCCACGGGAUUGAAGCUUUCGCCACCGUCCUUUGAGUUCGAAGAUGGCCUCUACGUACUCCUCAAGCCUCAGCGAAAGAAGAGUCUUCAUCCUGAUUUCUCGUUGGUCCCGCCACACUUGAUGCACCUAGCGGUGAGAGAGCCGCAAGCCGAAGUAUGUCCUUGGAGCCUCAGUGGACCGCAGUUUCCCAAGCCUACAGCCAUCCAGCAGCGAUACUGCUACCCCAAAGGUCGACCAGAAUACGCCAGUCGAAAGGGCGGUGCCUUGUGGACCAUGCAUGGAGCCGACGGCAAGGAAGAUGCCGAAUAUCGCCUCUUGCAUGUCUAUUACUCGGCCAAACGAGCUGUUAACCGAGGCGUCAAGGCUGCGAAUCUGCACGGUGGCGCAGUGUCAGACGAUUCCUAUUCCCCUCCAGCCAACACCCGCGCCAAGCGCAAUCGAAACAAGGCGAACUUGACGGCCACGACGACGACAACCCCCAAGUCCAAGAGAGCUUGUGUUCACCGAAGGAUCAAUGCUGCCAAUAAUGCCCAUCAUUUGUCGUCUCCCGCAAUUACGACAUCUUCUGGCAGCAACUCGUUCUGCAACUCUCCUGGGUCCUUGCAUACGCUCCCUCCCGCAAGCUCUCAGUUCAGCCCUCCAAGUCAUGUCCGAACCAUUGCCGACGCGACCAUGGACGAUGGUACGGACGAUACUCCCAUGCCUCCCAUUGAAAGUCACAACCUGAUUGCCUUUAAUGACAGUGAUUUCGAUAUCACUCUCAACUCGCGCAUGUUCCAUCCUGUGGGGUCGACCGAGCUACGUCAAGUGGGAUCCUUUGGAUUUGGCGGUCCGGGCACUCAUCCUUACCAUCCCGGCAUGUUUUCCGAUCAUCAUCAGCAGGAACGACAGAACAACUUUCCUCUGAUGCAUCAUUCCACCCAGGCUCUGGAUACCAUCUAUUGGAACGAUCCUCUCUUGCCCCUUCCCAUGACGCGCAAACCCAGCUACGAAUUGUUUUCUCCGACCCCACCGUCUGUUCCGACCCACGAUGUCACGUCGUUUGCCAAUCAUUUGGAGUCGUUGCACAAGCAGAUUUGUGACAAGAUCAGUGAAGCCCCAUCGGGUGACAAGGGAGCCUUGUUGAGCAUCUUUACCGGUUGGGCCAAUCACGCGGCCAAGGAACCCAUGAAUCCAUCGGAUGACAAUGACAAUGCUACUUCCAGCAACAAGACCAAUGUCGCCCCCGCUAACCUGAAGAAAGAAUAG